AUGGCUCCCCACCAGCAACAGCCCUCGCCCGCUUCAGACGUUCAACCAACCCUCACCACUUCGUCUCUGAACGACAGCUACCUCGCUGAUGCGACGUCGCCGCUUGAACCGCCAUCAGGCCAGACGAUCCAGGUCCGAGACCUUGCCCAUAUUCAGAGUCUGGCGCGAGCCGACAUGAUCAACGGCAGCGGUAUCUUGAACGAUGCUCCAGCCCAGCAGGUCAAGUACGAGAUCAGCGGCAUGCCUAUCGGCGACAUUAUCGAGAUGGUGGCGGCACUGCUCACGAAAAUCACAACCACCAACGACCUGCAGCACGACGCCCUGCAGCGCAAUGCCGCGCACCAGCAGCAGGCCAACCAGAACGGUGAGGCUGGCAGUGGAACCCAGAUGAGCCCGCUCAGCACCUCGGUGCUUGCCUUUCACGGCAAGAACGUCCCCGCCAUUACAAUUCUGAGCUACCUGUCUCGCAUUCACAAGUACUGUCCGACAACGUACGAGGUCUUCCUCAGCCUCCUUGUCUACUUUGACCGUAUGACGGAGAGGGUGAACGAGAUGGUGGUCAAGAAUGAGGAGCAGCGACAGGCCAACCCUGAGCCUGCGCCCGCCGAAGCGUCCAAGUCGAUCGACGUAGACAUGGAGGAUGAUGCAGAGAGCGACGAGAGCGCCGAAACAGACUCGGAUCUCGCAGACGACGAUGACGGGGACGACGAGACCCCUUCGAGUGCGAAGCGGCGGGACAGUGAAAAGGGACCGAUCAUCACGGGCGCGGAUCCCGGACCGAACAUCGGGCCUGCCACUUAUUUUGUGGUUGACAGCUUCAACAUUCACAGGCUGAUCAUUGCUGGGGUGACUUGCGCAAGCAAGUUCUUCUCGGAUGUGUUCUACACAAACUCGAGAUACGCCAAGGACCUCGAGGCCUACGCCACCAUGCUUGUUGAGUUUUACGCUCGCGAGGUGGUGGUGCCACAGCAGUCGCGACCCGCAACAGCGGCCGCGGAUGACGCCUAG